AGUUGAAAAGUAAGAGAGAGAAAAAGAAUCAUUAAGAGAGAGAGAGAGAGAGAGAAAAAAAGGACACCAAAAAAGUAAAAUGAGAAACUCAAAAGAAAACCAGCUUUUUUUCCAACACAAAACAUUUCAAGUUCCUUUUUCCAACUCAUGUUCCGUUCCACUGUGAAUGCUUCAAACUUGAAACAACUCCUUCAUAUUAUUCACCAAACCCACUUGUGACUUGUCUCUAUCUCUGUGUUUUUAAGUACACCUUAGAUCCUCCUCUGUUGUUUGUAGAACCCACCCUGCUUUCAUGGUCAACACUUGAUGGGGUCCAUGAAGAUUUCUGGGUCGUCCUCGUUUACCUCAAAAAUUGAGUCUUUGCACUCGAUCACCUCUGUUUCAUAGGCUUUGUGGUUCGUCAAUCGUGUGCAAGAGCUAGGGAUUUUCCAUUGUCCCAACCUCAGCCUCAGAAGAUGGAAUCGGGUGUGCCCGACUCCGCGGGACCCAUGACCCACCGGGUUCAAUCUCUGUCUUCUGCAGAUGCUAGGGGAAAGCAUAGGAUACAUGCAGAACUGAAACGGUUGGAACAAGAAACAAGGUUCUUAGAGGAAGAGCUGGGACAACUUGAAAGGAUGGAGAAAGCAUCUACAUCGUGCAAAGAAAUGUUCAGUAAUGUGGAAACAAGACCUGAUCCGUUACUACCAUUGACAAUUGGUCCCUUAAAUCCUUUGUGGGAUCGAUGGUUUGAAGGCCCCCAAGAUUCCAAAGGCUGCAGAUGUUGGAUUCUCUGAUGAUCAAUGCUAAUUGCCACAGUUUUACAUUUUUUAAACCCCCUCCCCCCCUUUUCUUAAUCUCAGAUUGGCCUAGAAAAUUUUAGUUUUGAAACAAUAUUGUUAUUGGCAAAUUUUCAUGGAAUGAUUCCUUGUGUAGAUGAUAAUUACAGCAAAUAUGUAGUUUUUAUGUUUCA